GAUAAUAUUACAGAGCUACCUUACAGUUGAAUUGGGAACACAUGCCCAUCUCAUGGCAAUACAAAGGAUGAUAUCAGAGUCAGGGACUGUACAAGUAGGAAAUGAGAGCAAAAAAGCGUCCGAACUUUACGGAGAGUUCGAGUUGUCCGUGCUGGAAGAUAUACGAGCUAGAACAUGUUUCUGCGGGGAACGACCAGUGGAACUAAAGGACCCCUCCUUUGUGCAGAGCGGUGUAAUUACAGAACACAGAGCUUCUGAUAUGAGAUAUCCCAUGUCUGACGGACAUCAUCUUGUGGUUUCAGGCAAAAUCAGGGAGAGGUCUAUAGAAGUUCUGUACGAUGGUGACGGAGAGGAUAACUCCAUAGCAACCUUGGUUUUAGACAGUUUACUAAAGUGUCCCAUUGAUUGUAGAGUAGAUCUUGCCAGCAGAAUACUCAUUAUUGGUGGAGGGUCGAUGUUAGCUGGGUUUGAUCACAGACUAAAACAAGAGAUGGCCGCACUUCUAGAACAUUCCCGCUAUUCUAAACUCACUCCGGGCAAACUAAAGUUCUACAAACCAAACUACUUCCGAAAUACCAUGUCGUGGACUGGAGGUGCCAUAAUGGGAUCAGUGGAACAUUUGCACGAAAGAUAUAUUUCCAGAGAUUUCUACAACGCAAAAGGAUCCGCCACUUUACCAAACUGGUCAAGCUUGGCUCCUCAGCUCAAAGACUCUUACCAAAGCUCCGGGACCCCAACUAGACGAUCUUCUACUCCCCUCAGAGAUUUCAUGUCUAGUCCAUUAUCUAGCUCUACUCUCCCACCUAUCUCCAACUUAGCGCUGUCUUGAUGAAGUUGGUGUGAUCUAUACUCUAUCUGGACUCAAACCAUUGACAAUAUUGUGAUUUGAUUUAUAAGAUUCUGGAGAUUUUUGAAGAGUUUGAAGAUUCUGACCUGUUUUUAGUGGACGUUUUUGGGAAUUUUGUUUUAAAUUUACAAUUCUGAAUUCGCACGUUUAGGUUUUAGGAACAGUCACCCCAUUUUUUCUGCAUUCUCGUUGACUACUUUACCAAUAGGUGGAAGUUUGACGUGUAUCCAAAAAUAUUUGAGUUUAGAAUAUUUGUUAAUGUUGACUGUUAAUUAUCUAAUGUUUAUAACUCUAUUUACCAUUAUGAUAACAAUUGAUUUUAGUUUAACCUAGUCGAGAGACUAUCAAAACAAGAUAUUGGUUAAAUAUAGAAAGUAUAAAUAAAAGUUGAAUGACACCACUAUUAGUUAAGAGUUGACUUAUGGUCUGCACUAUAAUAAUACUGAUAUAAAAUGUAUUACAUUAUUAAUAUGUAAUCUGUGAUGAAAACAAUUGUCAA